AGAGAAGCAACGGGGGCCAACGGAUCGUUCUUCCAAAGUCCUAGGCCCUGACUGCUCUCUCCUACCUCUCAAUCGAUUCCUUUCGGACUUUCCCGGAAAACCUCGGGAAAAUGCUGGAAAAUUUGCGAUCAUGAGUCCGUCGGAAACAAAAAUGAGGGGAUCUUUACGUGUAGAUGACGCGAAUGCCCCGUCCACCUCAGGUCCACAGACACGCGCUCCUCAGGCUGCGCCGAGCCACCCGAAUUCCAAGCACAGUUUUGCCUGUGGUGGCAAUGUGUUUAGACUCUUGGCACGUAGAGAGGUUUCACCUAGAACGAAGCACUCAUCAAAACGGUUAUGGGGAGAAGCUUCUAAACCGCGACUUGAUUCCUUUGGGUCAAGGUGUGCAGUGCAAGAUGCAAGACGAGGUCUUAUAUCGUGGGUGGAGGCAGAAACGUUGCGGCAUUUUUCAGCCAAAUAUUGUCCACUAUUGCCUCCUCCAAGGUCGACUAUUGCAGCAGCCUUCAGCCCUGAUGGAAGAACAGUUGCCUCUACACAUGGAGACCAUACCGUAAAGAUUAUCGACUGCCAAACUGGGAGUUGCUUAAAGGUUUUGAGUGGUCACCGAAGGACCCCUUGGGUGGUUAGGUUUCAUCCAUUAUAUCCUGAAAUACUUGCAAGUGGAAGUUUGGAUCAUGAAGUUCGUUUAUGGGAUGCAUAUACUGCACAGUGUAUAGGAUCACGCGAUUUUUGUCGUCCUAUUGCUUCUAUUGCCUUCCAUGCGCAGGGGGAGCUUCUUGCUGUGGCUUCAGGUCACAAACUAUACAUGUGGCAUUACAACAGGAGAGAGGAGACAUCCUCGCCAGCCAUUGUACUAAGAACACGCCGGUCUCUUCGGGCUGUGCAUUUUCACCCACAUGCAGCCCCUUUUCUUUUAACUGCUGAGGUCAAUGACCUUGACUCAUCAGAUUCCUCAAUGACACUUGCAACUUCUCCAGGUUACUUGCACUAUCCUCCACCCACUGUGUUCUUGGCCGACGCUCAUUCCAGUGGUCUUCCUUGUUUGGCAGAUGAGCUUCCUCUCAUGUCUUUACCCUUUCUGAUGUGGCCUUCAUUUGCUAGAGAUGAUGGGAGAACAUCUUUGCAGCCUACUUAUGGGGAUGCAGGUUUGAGUACCGUGCAACCGAGAGUGAAUCCUUCUGCUUCAAUGCGGCUUCUGACAUAUUCCACUUCUUCAGGGCAGUAUGAACUUCUGUUGUCUCCAAUUGAUCCUCAUAGUUCAUCUCCUGUGCCAGAGGAUAUGGGAAAUGAUUUUAUAAUGAGUGAAAUGGGUAACACGAUUUAUCAAUCUGCUGUGGAUACCACGGAGACUAUGGAAGUGCAUCCCGAAGAGAGAAAUACUCGCUUUUUCCCUUUUGGUGACCCAAUGUAUUGGGAGCUACCCUUCUUGCAAGGGUGGUUAAUUGGCCAGAGCCAAGCUGCACAACGCACCAUGAAUUCUGUCAAUGGUUCAGCCCACGAGAAUUCAUCAGCAUUUAAUGAAAUGGAAAAUCUUGCGGCUUCUUCAGUUAUGCCAGCUGUUGUUAGCCAAUAUAGGGCUACCGGAAGAUCCAGCUCGCGACAGCGUUCUUCGCGUUUUCGCAUGAGGUCCAGGACCAUAUCUGGUGAUGGUGCUGCUUUUAAUCAUGUUCCACGUGAUGAAGGUGAUCCUCGAGUUGCUGUAAGUAGAAUCCAAUCUGAACUUGCGACCUCAUUGGCUGCGGCAGCUGCUGGGGAGUUACCGUGCACUGUGAAGCUAAGAUUAUGGGCACAUGACAUAAAAGAUCCAUGUGCUCUUCUUGAUGCAGAAAAGUGCCGCCUAGUUGUACCCCAUGCUGUACUUUGUAGUGAAAUGGGGGCUCAUUUCUCACCUUGCGGGAGAUUUUUAGCAGCUUGUGUGGCAUGCAUGCUGCCUCAUCUGGAGGCUGAUCCAGGAUUGCAAGGGGUUCACCAUGACAUCCCAGGGGCUGCAACCUCCCCGACACGGCACCCAAUUUCAGCUCACCAAGUUCUGUAUGAGCUUCGGAUAUAUUCCCUUGAGGAGGCAACAUUUGGCUCGGUCCUUGCAUCACGGGCAAUACGGGCUGCUCACUGUUUAACCUCAAUUCAGUUCUCACCUACAUCUGAGCACUUGUUACUUGCUUAUGGUCGACGCCAUAGUUCACUUCUUAAGAGUGUUGUCAUUGAUGGGGAGACAACAGUGCCUAUUUACACAAUUCUGGAGGUUUACAGAGUUUCUGAUAUGGAACUUGUGAGAGUUCUUCCUAGUGCUGAGGAUGAGGUCAAUGUAGCCUGCUUUCAUCCAUCAGUUGGAGGUGGCCUUGUCUAUGGGACUAAGGAAGGGAAACUUAGGAUCCUCCAUUAUGAUAGUUCUCAUGCCACGACUUGUGCGGCAUCUCAUUUGCUUGAUGAAAACAUGCUCGAGGUCCCAACAUAUGCUUUAGAAUGCUAAUAGCUAGUGAUCAUUACCCACAUUGAUGUGUACAACUCCACUGGAAUGGUGAGUCAACAUACCCCAUGUAAUUUAUACAGGUGCUUGUUCGAGGUCAUCAGCCUUUCUUUACCCAUCAUAGUAAAUUUUAAACCACACUAUUUUUUUUUUCACCAUCAGAAUACUUGCCAAAGGCUCCUUUCGUGCCUAAGAUUUUAUUUUCUUUGCCUUGUUACUGAGAAUGUUUAUAGCAUCUGGAUUCAUUCAGUCUAACAUGAAAGUGAGCAGGUUGGUGCCUAGCCUUGUCGUAUAGUUGUAUUUGAUUGUCUAGUUUCAAAUGAUUGUAACAGCAACACUGCUAAAGCCGUUGAUAUCAGAAAAAACUUGUGUUAUUGAUUU